UUUUGGAUAAAUGGUUGGUUGGUAAGAAAUCCUCUGAUUCGGCGUGUUAUUCGGAAAAAUGGCGACAGCAGUUUUCGAUGCGACCAACAUGGUGCGAUGCCGAUAUGGCUCUACAACAAAUUGUUCGGGGUGUAGCGACGGGUAAUCGAAUGGCGCUCUAUGCACGAUCCUUUUUUCAAUCAUUACUUUUUACAUUGGGUUCAUUUGUACAGAAUUGGGCUUGGUCCGUUGUUGUUCUUGGCCUUGCUGCAUAUUUGAUAUGCUCAUUUGGCCUGCAAUAUGUUCACAUCGAAACCGAUCUGAUGAAAUUAUGGGUCUCA